UUUGGUGCAACUGGAUUCAUCUUCCGGCUGCAUCGUCCUCUGGAAAUCACAACCAUGGGCAGUGUCUUGGCUGCCAGUUCUCCCAACCCUCCGCCACCAACCUCCGGCGGUGCUGCUGCCCCCGGGUUGACGGUGCCGCCGGGCUUCGGGAUGCCUCCGGUCUCCUCAGUUAUACCCCCUACCGGGGCAGCAGCCGGAAAGGAGCAGGAGGCAGAAAACUCUCUACCUAACCCCGGAGCGUUUGACGAGUGUCAUCGCAAAUGUAAAGAGGUUUUCCCCAUGCAGAUGGAGGGUGUCAGGCUAGUUGUCAACAAAGGCCUUAGCAACCACUUCCAGGUGAAUCACACGGUGCUGCUGAGCACCAUGGGUGACUCCACCUACAGGUUCGGUGCUACGUAUGUUGGAGCAAAGCAGACGGGUCCAGCAGAGUUUUUUCCAGUCAUGGUGGGAGACAUGGACAACAGUGGCAGCCUUAACGCCCAGAUCAUCCACCAGAUCAGCAGCAGCAUACGAUCCAAAGUGGCCUUCCAGACUCAACAGAACAAGUUUGUGAACUGGCAGGGAGACGCCGAGUUCAGGGGAGAAGAUUUCACUGCAACUAUUACACUGGGAAACCCAGACGUCCUCGUCGGCUCUGGUAUUGUUGUAACACACUACCUCCAGUCUGUCACGCCGGCUCUGGCCCUGGGGGGGGAGCUGGUUUACCACCGCAGACCAGGAGAGGAGGGGGCUGUGAUGUCAUUCGUGGGCAGGUACACAGGCAGUAACUACAUCGCCACGAUGACGCUCGGCUCAGCGGGAGCUCACGCUUCAUACUACCACAAAGCCAACGACCAGCUGCAGCUCGGCGUGGAGUUCGAGGCGAGCACUCGCAUGCAGGACACCAGUGUGUCGUUCGGUUACCAGCUAGAUGUUCCUAAAGCCAACCUACAGUUUAAAGGUUCAGUAGACAGUAACUGGAUAGUCGGUGCCACAUUAGAAAAGAAGCUGCUCCCUCUGCCGCUCUCUCUGGUCCUUUGCUCCUUCCUCAACCACCGUAAGAACAAGUUCCAGUGCGGUUUCGGUGUCACCAUCGGUUAGACGGACUGAGCGACGACCUGCGGACGGACGGACGGACGGACUCACUCUGGACGAACAGACUCUGCCAUGUGCUCCACACUACUGUGUCCCAUCACCUCGGACUGUCCACCACCUGUUCAGCGGAUUGGGCCGUUAACCGUGACGUUGUUUUCCUCUAGACUGAUGAAAGGUAAUAAUGUAAAUCUAACGACUUUAACCCUCUAAUCGCCUGAUUGGUCAGAAGUGUAACAGAAUGUGAUCGGUGUGACUCGUAGUAACGUUACAGAACCACAGAGCUCUUUCUCUGAGUUCAGCCUGUCGCCUUUUGUUUUGGAUUUUAUUCUUUUUUACUGUAAAGUCUGUUUCUGUCUGAGCUGCAGUGGAUGAAAUCAUCGUCAUGUGUUGUUGGAGUAACGAGUUAACAGGAGGGAGUGUGCUGUAUGUCACUUUCACAAUCAUCACUUGUUUUGUUGCCUUUUUUUUAUGUUACAUACAUUUGGAUCAGUAUAUAUGACUGUAUAUACCUCUGGGAAACUG